AUGGCAAAUUCAUGGAGGAUUGCAGCGGCGGGGUGGGUCAUAACCGUAUUUGGUUGGUACCUGUCGCCCAUCAUCAACUUGCUCCUGAACAAGAUCCUUUCCAACAUCGGCUUUGAUGCCUCGCGAAAACUUCGCGAGCUGGAGAUUCACACUAUCGCAGAAAUGAAGCAGGUGCUGAGGGACAUAGAGGAGCAGAGGAUGCAGAGAAAAGCGAGAAAAGAAAGAUCUGCUGUGAGCACACUCGACUUACUGGCCAAGGAUGUGAAGUCAGCCUUGUACCAAGGAGAAGACAUUCUGGAUCUCAUCGAUUAUUACCAAAUCGAGAAGAACAUCAUAGGUGACGUUUCCUUCAUGAGGAGGCUCCAUUGCUGGCAUAAGUCCAUACUCACCUGGUCCACCAAUGUAAUUGAGAUUGCCUGUUCGUGCCGGGACUGGUCCUACGACGCCAUUGUUGGCAGCACAUGUUACCAGGAGGAUGGCAUUGCUGUAGAUUCUUUCAUGCCUACUAUUGCCAGAUGGCACUUGAGGAAAAGAAUAAAGGAGCUAGAAAAUGUUGUCACCGAUGCACGGAAAUGUCCUCUGUUGAAGCAACAAAGCAGUAGUGGAUGGAAUGAUAUUGGCAACAUGAACAGGAGAAGCAUUACAUCAAGUACUACACGGAAAGUGUUUGGUCGUGAUAGGGAGCGUCGUAUGAUACAGAGUAUGCUUUGUGAGGAACCAGAUGAUCACGCACCAGGCACUAGUAGCAGUAAAUGUUAUUCUGUGAUUUGCAUACAUGGCAUUGCAGGGUCUGGAAAGACUACACUGGCACAAUAUGUUUGUGACCAUGAAAAUGAAAAUAAAGAGAAAUAUUUCAACCCAAUCAUGCUCAUUCAUGUUUCUGAGACUUUCAGAGUGAAUGAUAUACUUCAUGAUAUGCUUGAGGCGAUCACUGAAGAUCGGCACUCUGAUAUUAGUGGUUGUAAAGCUCUGCAAGCAAAGUUGGUCGAUAAAUUGAGCGGCACACGUUUCUUAUUGGUACUGGAUGAUCUUUGGGUCAACGAUGAGAAUCACCAGGACCUGGAGGAGAUACUUUCUCCCUUCAAUGUUGGGAAGAGAGGAAGCAGAAUCCUGGUGACUGCCCGAAAUAAAGAGGCAGCUUUAGGUGCUAACAACCUUAUUUCAAUAUCUGAUUUGGAUGAGGAACAAUACUUCUCAAUGUUCAUGCAUUAUGCACUAGACAGUACAAUUUUUGAUGAUCGAAAAUACAUACCAAUUGGGCGAAAGAUUGCUAAAAAGCUACACAGAUCACCUAUUGCAGCAGUAACAGUGGCCGGGAAGCUUUGGAGAAACCCAGAUAUCAGUUUUUGGGAAACAGCCGCGAGACUAGACUUAUUGAAUAAGACAAAGGGAGCUCUGUGGUGGAGCUAUCAGCAACUUGAUGUGGAUGUCAGGCGAUGUUUCGAGUACUGCAAUAUUUUUCCCAGAAGAUAUGAGUUGGAACGAGAUACACUAGUUCAUAUGUGGAUUGCACAGGGCUUUGUUAAGGCAAUCAAUGCAAGAGAGCAGGAGGAUGUAGAAGACGUGGGCCAGGACUACUUCCUUGACUUGCAUUCAUCAGAGUCUGUUGCCGGCAGCGAUUGUGUUAGAAUUAACAGAGGUGUCAUAGGACAAAUUCCUAAAUAUGUCCGGCAUCUUUGCAUUGAGUCCUACAAUGAAGAAGCAUUCCCAGAGCAAAUUCUGGAGUUGCGAAACUUGAGCACUCUAAUAAUGUGUUAUUCUGUCAAGAAGAUCAGUCAAGAUGAUUUUAAGUGUGUGCUCAUGCGUCUAAAGAAGCUGCGGGUGGUGCAGUUGGACGUCCAAUGGUUGGGAAGGAUCCCAGCAUGCAUAGGUGAACUAAGACAUCUGCGGUACCUUGGUAUUUCUACACCCCCUCCCUGCAACAUGACUUUGCCAACCGAAGUUACCAAGCUUUACCAUCUCCAGGUGCUCUCUGUGCCACGGAGGUUAACAUCACUCCAAUCUCUGUAUCACUUCUAUGUUAAAAAUGAGAAGGGAUAUGAAAUACAACAGCUGGAACACCUAAACAACCUUCGCGGCAAGCUGUUUAUUGAAUGCCUCGAAAAUGUUCGGAGCAAGGAGGAAGCUCUUCAAGCCAGGCUAGCUGACAAGAAGGAAGCAAAGCGCAAUAGAGGAAAUGAGGAAGGUAUUCUUUUCUACUGUGACACCUGUGAACGUGUCAGAAUGGAAACGCCAUCAGAGAUGCCCCCCAGAACUUCAAGAGGAGCUACUUGA